AUGAGUAUUUGUCAAAUAAGCAAACCAAACACAGAAUUAUUGAAGGUAAUAGCAUUUGUGGUACUCUUUUUGGUGUAUCUAUUGGACAAACCGAUUCGAUCUGGUUAUUCGACUACUUUUAUCGUUAUUGCAUUAACAUGUGGCGUUUUGUUGGGUUGGAGCAUCGGCUCUGUUCUACAGCAAAUCUUCGCUUUAAGGAAUGUGGAGAUUGUGGUGAAUUUUAUCCUAACAGCACUUGCUGUUGUGUCGUUGAUUGUAUCAGUCGCCUUCUUGUUGGAACGAAGCGACUGGAGUCGUUACGAAAGCUAUCGUCUUGUGAUGGGCAUUGCGGUGAGUUUCUACCUUACAAUCUGUUUUCUUCUCCAGUCGAUCAUAUGCAUUCUUAUGCUGUCGUGGGCAUUCUACGGAAACUUGGUCAUUUUUGAAACACGCUAA